UCGGGAAAGGAAAAGAAGGGGGAAAUCGGGGAAAGGGAGAAAAACCUCGGGCGAAAGCGAUGCACAGUUGGACGCAGCGCCUGCUGACCGCGGCAACGACGGCCGCCGUCCUCCUCGCCACCGUCUGCGCGGCCGCCUCCGCGCUUGACGCCUUCCACGUCCCCUCCGUCCAAGCGCAAGCCCAUGUUACAAAGAUUAACCGGUUCCACAAACAGAUCAAUGGCAACGACAAGGUGAUGUUGACCUUCAAUGUAUCUGCAAAUUUGGAGUCGCUAUUCACUUGGAACACAAAACAGGUCUUUGUCUUUGUGACAGCUGAGUAUGAAAACGCGAAAAAUUCACUGAACCAGAUUUCGUUGUGGGACCAUAUUAUACCGGACAAGGAACAUGCAAAUCUGCAACUAGAGGUGAAGAGCAAGUAUCCUCUAAUCGACCAGGGAAGCAGUCUGCGCGGAAAGAAAGUUCAGCUUGUUCUCCACUGGCAUGUUAUGCCCAAUGCUGGCACCAUGAUCCAAGAUCGGAUGGCGCUCUCGGAAUUCAAGCUGCCUGAUGCCUAUACCUCUUGAGGGAAAAGCUUAUUGAUCUGGGAAGAAUCCUCUAACGAACAUCCUUCUAAUCUGGCAUCCGCAAUUGGUUGCCAAACGAAUGGAGAUCUGAUUCAGAUUAAGCGCUGAUGGUUGCAUAUGAAAUAUUCUGGCUAUUCGAUCAAGCGUUCAAGAACAAUUCAGAAAUUAUGAAUGACCACUACUUUUUAUUCAUUCAUGCUCGAUUGAGCACGGAUGCACAUACAUAGCUGCAAAACCGCACUGCUUAUUGAUGGUGUGUAACUCGGAAUGCAUA